UUCACAAACUCAAAAUACAGAAAAAUAAAAUUUAGAAAAAUUCAAAGAGAGAGAGAGUAGAGAUUCUGGAAAUCACUCUGUUCCAGUUUCUCGUUGUAAUUUGUUGAUUUUCUUAUAAAUUUUGAAUUUCUGAAAUCACUGCUAGUAACCGAUCUUGUCAUCAUCUUCUCUGUUUUUUCACGUCUGGUAGGUAUUGAAGUGCAUGAAGAAAUAGCGGAGCUGGGGAUCGAUAGAAAAGCUACUCGCCAUGGUUUAUAUAUUUUCUGCUUAUAGUCUGUUGAAUUUUGGAGAGAAGUUUUAGGUAUUGUUGUGGAGUGCUCUGAUUGCAAACAUGGGUUACAAUUGUGAUUUCUGUGCCCAUCAAAGGACGGUGGUAUAUUGCCGGUCGGAUGCUGCCUGCUUAUGUUUGUCAUGUGAUCAAAAUGUCCAUUCUGCUAAUGCACUGUCAAGACGCCAUUCGAGAACACUGUUAUGUGAGAGAUGCAAUUUGCGACCUGCUUUUGUUAGAUGCGCAGAGGAAAGGAUUUCCCUAUGCCAGAACUGUAAUUGGAUAGGUCAUGACACCUCUACCUCGAAUUCGACACAUAACAGGCAAACAAUUAAUAGUUACUCUGGUUGUCCAUCAUCCGCUGAACUUUCUUACUUAUGGCCAUUCUUUUGGCAGUCCCCUUCACCGGCUGAAUCUACUGGUAAGCAGGAAGUAGGUCUAAUGAGCAUCCCUGAGAAUAUGGAGAGGACUUCCUGGAGCCCUACGGGAAACACCAUUAGCCAGAAUCAGAAUAAUAAUGGUGUUGCAGAAGCCAAUAACGACAAUAAUGUUGACAUGGGAAGUGGUUGGGAAGGGUCUUCUUCAAUUCCGGAAAUUAGAUCACCACCACGAGCUCUAGAUCAGCCAGCUGGAUUAACUGAUACAUCAUUGCCCAAGUUAUCUUUCCCUCCAACAAAGCAUCCUUCACUUUGUGAAAAUGAUCUCUGCGAUGACUUCAACAUGGAUGAUGUUGAUCUGAACCUUGAAAAUUAUGAAGAACUCUUUGGAGAAACUCUCGAUCACUCUGAAGAACUGUUAGAGAAUGGUGGAAUUGAUAGCAUAUUCAAGAUGAAAGACAUGUCGGCUGCUGAUUCCAACUGUCGGGGUUCUGUGGCUGCUGAGGGCUCAUCUAUUGGUCUGGUCAACACAGUCCAGCCUGCAUGCAGCAAUGGGGCAUCUGCCGAUUCCAUGAUGGGCAAUAAAAUCGAUUCAAUUAUUUAUUUUGCUGGAAGGAAGGCUCAUUCAAGCCUAUCAUUUUCUGGCCUUACCGGAGAGAGUAGCGGAGGAGAUUACCAAGAUUGUGAAGUUUCACCAAUGCUUCUCAUGGGAGAGCCUCCCUGGUGUCCUCCAUGUACUGAGAACACCUUCCAAUCAUCUACUCGAUGCAAUGCUGUAAUGCGUUACAAGGAAAAGAAGAAGACACGAAAGUUUGAGAAGCGAGUGAGAUAUGCAUCUUGCAAAGCAAGGGCCGAUGUGAGAAAGCGUGUGAAGGGACGCUUUGUGAAAGCCGGUGAUGCCUAUGAUUAUGAUCCAUUGAACUAAACCUGAAGCUGCUGCGCUGUCAGUUUUUAUCAACACAAAAACACCAUGAAUAAAUCCCAAGGCCUAGUUCUUUAUCACCA